AUGAUACUAUUAGCACCGGUUGCUUCCAUAAUACGAACCCUCUGCUGGCGCAAGUGUUGCUGGGAGCGAAGUGAAGAGUGCGGUCGAUUAGCCGAUUGCUGUUGCGACCGAUUUAAUCUCAUCAAAAAGAUUGGUGAAAUCAAGAUGCCGACACUAAUAGCGCAUGGGUUGCAAGACACAAUGGUGGCAGUGGAACAUGGCAUGGCGCUGUAUCGUCUCUGUCCAGGGGCUGUGAAACCGCUGUGGAUACCCGACGUCGGACAUAACAAUCUUGAAAACAGUGCUACGCUGUGGCGCCGUAUGCGAAAGUUUAUCAACAAGUAA